AUGGAAGCCGAGAUGAUGAAGGGCCUGACCUCAACUCCUUUAUGUAUCAGACAGAGAAAGAUCACAGGUACUGCGAGUCAGACUGGCAAGUACUACAACGCUAUAGAGACUGCUAGCAAUGACGUUGACCGUAAAAGGACUUUUGAUUUUGAUGAGACUGAGGACAUGUUUUACCUCCUUCGCGAUGUCCUGACUCAACAUCCAGAGGCCAAUGCUGUCAGUGCUGGUGCUAUACUGAGUACCUAUCAACGUACUCGAGUCGAGUCGGUGGCUACAAGACUCGGCUUGAUACCUCUUGCAUAUCUAUGGCACUAUCCCUUUCUACCACCACCUCCGGACCGCGACGAUUCACUAACGUCUUUGUUGGAUGAUAUGGAUAGCUCGGGCUACGAUGCUCGUAUCAUAAAAAUUGCAUCUGGCGGCAUCUCCGAGAAACUGUUGUUCGCGAAUGUGGCCGAGCCAGGCACGCGACAAAGACUGAUAUCUGGACUGUCCAGAUUUUGUGCAGGCUUCGGUGAAGAGGCUACGUUGCGUGGCGCCGUUCUUGGGGAAGGUGGAGAGUAUGAAACGAUAGCUCUUGAUGGACCUAGCAAUUUAUGGAAGAUGCGUAUUGAACUUGACUCAACUAAGUCUUAUAGUGCUGAGGGUGGAACACACUAUGCAGUCCUUGAGCGAGCACGUGUUGUUGCGAAAGAGAGGACUAGUAUACCUUACGUACCGAUGCCUGCGUGUUUCGAUCGACGUUUUGAUGCCAUUGUUGAGAUACUGAAUACACGAAGCGACCACGCUGGGGAUCAAAAGCGUCCCGCUGAAGCUGCAGCCACGUCGCUAUCUGACUCAGCUCAACAGAAGACGAAUUACUCGCUCGAAACGUCGUGUCUCGCAACUCAGGUAUCAAACUUGGUUUGCGUCACGGAAAAAACAGCGGCUACACAGCUUGAGGCUAUAGUUGAAAGUCUUGCGAAGAUCCUAAACACACAUUCGAGCCAACCAACAAUGUCAGUGCUGAACGUCGUGAGCGUCACACUCCUCCUAAGGUCGAUCGAUGAUUUUGCAUCCGUCAACCAGGUAUACAGUAAAAGCAUAUGGCCAGCACGCUUAGCCAAUCCGCCAGCUCGGGUUACAGUGGCCGUACCUCUGCCAGAAGGUGUACUAGUAUCUUUGUCGCUGAUGCUUGAUCCUAGCCAAGACCGUGACACUAGCAAAGGUCGUAAAGGAUUGCAUGUGCAGUCACGAAGUUAUUGGGCCCCCGCCAACAUCGGUCCUUACUCCCAAGCAAUAUCUGUCCCCACUGAUAGAGAGUUGUCAGCAUCUGCUGUUAGCAAUGGGCAAGUUUAUGUUGAGAUUGUGCAUAUGGCUGGACAAAUUCCACUUCAGCCAGCUUCACUGUCAUUCCUUCCAGAGUCGUUCUCGUCACAAGCGGUACUAGCACUACAACACCUGUGGCGCGUCGGACAGGAAAGAGGUGUUGAUGUAUGGGCACCAGCUGGUGUUGCUUACCUUGCACGUAAAGCCUUUUUCCUAAACUCGAGUAAGCAGGACAACAGGCCUAUGUUGCAUAAUGUUGGCGAAGCUGCGACCAUCUGGAUGCAAGCACAUCUUGUCGAUGAGAAAGGCCGAGCAAGAAGUCUCCAGAAUCUGGGACUGAAUGAAGACGAACAGGAAGAAGAGGAAGAAGUUGAUAUUUGGGAUCUACAAAGGAACCGUGGUUUUGCUUCUGCAAGGUCCAGUGUAAGUAUUGGGCAACAUCUUCACGUUCUGCCCAACUACGAUAUCAUUGAGGACUUUCGCGAAGCCGAUGGCCGCAUGCUGGGACAAAAGACUGAGACUCAGAAGUAUUUCAUCCCAACAUUCAUCGCAGCAGAAGUCCAGGAACUUCCUCGUCACGCUUCAAUCGAAUGGUGGAGUACAGGUAUAUCGGGUCUGUCAUCGAACAACGGCAAUCGGCGUUCUAAAGUUCGUCAGCUCAAGCAGGAAGGCCAUCAGUCAUGGUCGAUUCAUGGAAUCGUGUUAGAGCACCAUGCAGAUAACGCCGAUACCACAUCCAGCAACGAAGCAAUGUCUUCAAGAAAGUUUACGUUCUUUCUCGCACUCCUCGUCACGAGCGAAGCGGCACACGAUUGCGACAGUGUGCCGCUCACGAUCGAAAAACUUGAGGCAAUACUCCUUUCACCAAUGGUGCCCGAGUCUGAACUUCAAAGCUUCCGUUGCGAGCUGACGAGCUCUCAUUCGUUCCUCAACUUGUCCUCCGUGAAAGGCCUAGGAGAUAGGCUCGACACAAUGCCUCUGAUAAAGAAUUCGACGAAAGUACCAUGUUUUCAUGUAUGGGCGUCAACAGGCAGGGAUAAAAUUGGUGAUACUUCUUCGUCUCCUACACAAACACCGACGUCGCCAGCUUCGAACGUGUGCCCAGAAGCGUCGAUCGAGUACAACAACGAUUUUCAAGAGGUGGCAGCUGCGGUAAUCUUGAGAAUAGAUGCAUUUUCCUCUCAACAUGGUCAGAUUUGGUGA